AUGCCACAGUCCUUAACUUCCAUUGUCAAAGUGGGUGAUUACAUUCUAAAUCAUGCAGCAUUAUCCAAGAUAAUUGUUCCAGUGGCUCAACAGUUUGUCAAGUUUGGUGGCUACAGGAAAUUAGGUUUAAGAUUUGACGAUCUACUUAUGGAGGAGAAUCCAAUCGCACAAACUGCUUUGAGAAGGCUACCAGCAGACGAAUCAUAUGCCAGAAAUUUUAGAAUUAUUAGAGCUCAUCAAUGUGAGUUGACGCACCAUUUGCUACCAAAGAAUGAAUGGAUAAAACCAGAAGAUGAUGUGCCUUAUUUGUUGCCAUACAUUUUGGAAGCUGAGGCAGCUGCGAAAGAAAAGGAAGAGUUGGACAAUUUGGAAGUUGCCAAAUAG